CGGUAGGGCGGAGGGGAGCGAGGUACGGCGGGGCUGAGCUUGCGGCCUUCCCCUCCGCCGAGUUUCCCGGCACCAGUCAGAGCCCGAAUCGCUGUGCGGAGCUGGGGCGCGGCGCCGUUCUACUUAAAGUCGUUCCCUCUUCUCUGCUGUUUUGCUUUCUUCUUUCCCCCUUAGGAGAAGCAGCUGUGCGUUCUGUUGCACGGACGUUGCAUCCUGAUGCUGUCUUGAAAGCUGGGUUUCUCACGGUGACUUCAGAAGAGUUUUCUUGCCGUCGGUUAUUUGCUCUAUUCCGAGGCUGGCACCAAUCUGUUGCUGCCCAAAGCUGAGAGUUUCUCCCCACGGCUUGUACUGCAGUGUUUGGGAGCCUUCCCAGUGCCGUGAGGACGAUCCUGUGUCACAAUGCUGCGCUACUGGGGCGAGAUCCCGGUGCCAUCCAACCAGGCCAACCGCAGCUCUUUUGACCUGCUGCAGCGGGAGUUCCGCACGGUGGAGGUGCAGGACCCUCCUUUGCACCAGCCGUCAGCCAACAAACCGCGGCCCACCACCAUGCUGGAUGUCCCCUCCGAGCCCUGCAGCCUCACCAUCCACACCAUUCAGCUCAUCCAGCACAACCGGCGGCUGCGCAGCCUCAUCGCCAUGGCCCAGGCACAAAACCAGCAGCAAGCGGAGGGCAUCAAGACAGAAGACAACGAACCUCUGCCCUCUCGUCCGGCCUCGCCGCCUCUCCCCGAUGACCUGCUUCCUCUGGACAGCAAGCCCCCCAAAAUGCCGUUCCAGCUGAGGCACAGUGACCCAGAGAGUGAUUUCUACAGAGGAAAAGGGGAGCCUGUGACUGAGCUGAGUUGGUCCUCCUGUCGGCAGCUUCUCUACCAGUCAAUGGCCACUAUCCUGGCUCACACGGGCUUUGACUGCGCCAACGAGAGUGUCCUGGAGACCCUGACAGACAUAGCCCACGAGUACUGCUUGAAGUUCACCAAACUGCUACGCUUUGCUGUGGAUCGAGAAGCCCGACUGGGGCACACCCCUUUCCCAGACGUCAUGGAGCAGGUCUUUCAUGAAGUGGGCAUUGGCAGCGUGCUCUCACUGCAGAAGUUCUGGCAGCACCGCAUUAAGGAUUAUCACAGCUAUAUGCUUCAGGUUAGCAAGCAGCUCUCUGAAGAGUAUGAGAAGAUUGUCAACCCUGAAAAGGCAGCAGAAGACACAAAGCCUGUGAAGAUUAAGGAGGAGCCUGUUAGUGAUAUCACUUUCCCCAUAAGUGAGGAGCUGGAAGGAGAUCUUGCUUCUGGUGACCAGUCUUUGCCUGUUGGAGUUCUCGGAGCUCAAAGUGAGAGAUUCUCUGCAAAUUUGGAAGUAGAAGCUUCCCCACAGACUUCAGGGGCUGAGGUAAAUGCUUCCCCACUCUGGAACUUGGCACAGGUGAAAAUGGAGCCACAGGAAAAUGAGGAGGCCAAUGUACAUGGCCAUGGAGUCCUAGGCAGUGAUGUCUUUGAGGAGCCUAUGUCAGGCAUGAGCGAAGCUGGGAUAGCACAGAGUCCCAAUGGUUCUGAGAGCAGCUAUGGUUCUCAUUCUGCUGACAGUCUGAUGGGAUCCUCACCUGUCUUCAACCAGCGCUGCAAGAAAAAGAUGAAGAAGAUGUGAAGAGAGGGGGCCUUUUUAUUUAGUUCUGAUGGACUUGAAACAAACCAAGAGAGUUCUAUGAUGGCUGUGAUGUAUAAAUGGGGCUGGCCCUGGUGUAUGAGGAGGCUUGCAUGAAAUUGUUAUGAGAGAUUUGAUGUGUAGUGCGCUUCAUCUCCCCUCAUAGCUGGCUUCUGUGCUCCAUCCUGACUCAUGAGAUUGAGGAUGACUGGAUGCAUUUGAUGGUGUCAUGGCUUGCUUUGGCAGACUAAUGAGGAAGUUACAAGUGGAAAACAGCCGUGAGAUUUGUUAAGUCACAGAAUCAUUGAAUAAUUUGGGUUGGAGCUUUCUAGUCCAGCCAAGGCAAAUAGAACAGGUUUUCCAGGGCCUUGUCUCAUUGAGUUUUGAAUAUCUACAAGAAUGUUGAGUGAAAAAAGAUGGUGAAUGCUCUCUUGGCAACAUUUGCCAGCAUUUGACUACCCUCAUAGGAAAAAGAUUAUUCUUACAUCCGCUGGAAUUUUCAUGUUUCAACUUGUGUUCAUUGUUUCAUUUUCUAUCACUGUUCAUCUCUGAGUUCAGUCUGACUUUGUCUUCUCUAAUCUGCAUGUUAAGUGGUUGUAGACAAUGAGAUCUCUCCUUAGCUUUUUCCUCUUCCUAUAUCUGUAAAAACCAAGCUCCCUCAGCCUCUCCUUGCCUUGUGCUACAGUCCCCUAACCAUCUCAGUGACUUUCCAACAAAAUUGCUGCAGUGCCCUUAUUGUAAUAGGAACCGUGGAAGUGGAUAACAUCCUCCAGAUAAGGUCUCACAAAUACAAUAUGAAAUAAUAAUUUCAACAUUCUGGCCACACAACUGCCAACUGUUGCAGGCAGCAAGACAGUCUCAAGUUGAGUAAUUUUACUGGGGGAGAGCCUUCACUGAUGAUGAUGAUCUAGCAAAGAUGCUGGAGUGUGGCCUUACGGUGCCAUCAGCUAGCUCCUUUGGUGCCUUCAGAUCCAUCUUGUCUGUUUACAUGGACUUGAAAACAUCUGGCUGAAGUUCCUGCUAAUUCAUUCUUCCUUUGCUCUACGUAAUACCUUGUCCCCUUGCACUCUUCUAGUAGACCCAGGGGGGCAGACCUAAGUAGUGAAAAUGUAUACUUGUGUUGAGUACAUCAGUCUCAAAUUGCAGCCUUUGUUUCCAGGUUGUCGAACAGCAAACCUGCAUUUUCUUCAACCUUUCUUUUGCUUCCAUUGCACGUAGAAAAGCCCUUCUUCGCAUUUCUGUGUGUUUCAACUCCAGCUGAACUUUGCCUUCCCUAAUUCUCUCCCUUCAUGCUUGGACUCUGUCUUUAUAUCCCUCCUGGCCAGCCCAUUCUCAUUCCCAUUUCUGUGUACAUUUCUGUGUACAUUUCUGUGUACAUUUCUGUGUACAUUUCUGUGUACAUUUCUGUGUACAUUUCUGUGUACAUUUCUGUGUACAUUUCUGUGUACAUUUCUGUGUACUCUGUCAGUGCAAACUUUUCCUUCACUCCUACUGGAUUGAGUGUAGCCACUUCAGGCCAGUUGCUAUCUUGACAACUUAGUCUGAAGCAGAAUCUGUUUUACUGCUUGCUUUUAUGGCUCAGCUGACUGAUGACAAUUUUUGUUCUGCACAGUCCUCAGUUGAUCAACUCGGUCUUUAUCUUGAUUCAGUGAGUAUCUCUCUCAAAAGAAGCUAGCAUGAACACGAAUCAAGAAUGAACAGUCACUUAAACUGGUUUUAUACCCGUAACCCACUGUGAUGUUUGAGGGAGACUUAUCAGACCUCCCAUUUGUCCUUAGUAUUGCAAGUUUAUCUUUUGAAAGGAUGAGCUCCAGGCAUAGUAUUUUUUUUCCUGUUUCCUUAUAACAUGCCUAGUCUUAGUUCUUUUUUCCAAACUGUAUUUCUCUUCCAUUUUGCAGAAGUGGAAGCCAAACGUUAAAUUCCUCUAUGUCUAAUAAGAAUGUGUAGCUACAGGCUUUUAUGGACGUUGGAGUUAAAAUUGCCCAUUGCAGUUUUAAGGGCUCCUCCUGGGAGGUAAAUUCUAGCUUUUUGAAGUCUAGUCAGUAGUUGAACAGAGGACCAGUGUAUCAGGAAAUCUUUAUUUUGAUUCCCUCUGAGUCACCAUUAGGAAAACUGCAAGGCCUCUGUUUUCUCAACUGUAAAAAAAAAAAGAAUAAUAGUAUUUGCUACUUAGAAGUCUGUGAGAUUUAGUUACUAUUUAAAAAGGUACUUUGUUCCUUUAGAGAGUUUUGUUAGAGCUGUGAGCUUUUCUUCCAUUGGAGUAUGACUGUUGCUGGCUGGAAUAUGCUUCUGUGUGCACUGAAAUGUUAGUGACCUACAUUAUACUUGUUUUAAACAAAGCAGCUUAUUAUAAACAAGUAUAGGACAGCUGUGCUAUUUGACUGCCGUAGUACAAGGAAAGCAUUUUAGACGGUGUCCUCUGACUGAACUUUAGACUUCUGCAACUGAAUUUGUUGCUCAGGGCCCUAUUUGCAGCUGAAAGCAAACAGUCAUUUUUAGGUCAACAUGGGUCUGACCUAGAAGUAGAAGUCUAAAGGAGGUCAGAAGAGUGUUGUUUUAGAAGUAUUUAUUUUUCCACUAUGCGCCAAUAAAGUGAAUUGAACUUGAUUACCUCAGCUAAAGGCAUCCACUCCAUCAAUAUUAGUGAAGCAAUCUGAAUUCAGCCUUUCCUGUCUUCCUGCUAGGCAGAUAUUUUUCAUCUUCUUCUACACAUUCAGUAGUGCUUAUCACUGAAAUUGUAGGACUGGUCUAAAAGCAGAAUGCUCAUCUUACUUCAAACAGCAGAUCCAGGGUUCUCCAUAGCACACAGGAUGUGCUUAGACCAGGGUCCUGAGGUUCAGCCUGGUUUGGCUCUUGGGUCUGUCCUUAAUACUGCAUUAGAACAACUGUACAUGAAGCAUUCGCCAAACUGCUGUGAAAUAUUUUUGAAUUUAGGACACAUAAGCAAAGUCCUUUGCACCAUUUUCAGGAGCUAGAGGACAGAGUGGCUGCUGUCAGCAUGGCUUGCUCAUUUGCAAGAUCUCAGAGGGGCUAAAAAUGUGCUGCUCUCCAUGGCUUUAGUUAAACCGCUUAAGCCUCAGUCUUAAGUGCUUUCUUUAUAUUGCUCAAGUACAGAUGCUCGUCUUACUUUUAAUCGUGCUUUCGUAUUUCAUAUCCCCUUUCCACACUCACUUCGCCCUGUUAUACACAUGCUACAAGCCAAACCUGAGCCCUCUAUUGAUUCAGCUGUGUUGUUGCAGUAUAAGGGAGAUGUGUUAUUGAUUCUCUUUGGGAAGCUUGUUUAUGCAGGGAUUAGAAAUGCAUCAGCAUGGUUUGUACAUGUAAAAAGUGAUGGCAGAGUUAAGUCUGUACCUCCUGUUUCCCAUUAUGCUGUGUUGCUUUUGACUUUUUGUGCACUGGAUGUUUUCUUUUGUGCAUAUGGAAGCUUUACCUUGUAGGUGAGCCUCUCCCUUCUGAACGUUUGCAGACUUGGAAUUUACAGCGCUGUACAUCAUGCAUGAAAUAGUGAAAUUUCAAAUCUAGCACACCAGCUCAGAUACAGACAGUGUGCUCUUCUGACGAAUGAAAUAAGAUUUUACUAGGUGUGAGGAGCUAGUGAGAAGUUCAUUGACCAUGUAAUCCCCAAAUUUUAAGCUACACUGAGAUUACACAAUGGCGUGGAAUGAAGCUCUGCUCUCGCAGUUGGUUCUUUUUUUUCUGGUCCUUGGUAAAGUGCUCUGCUGGCCUAUCUGCCUCAGAAGUUUACUAUUUUGUUCAUUCUUUCAUCUUUAUCCCUUCCCUUUCCUAAGGUGAAUGAAUGGAAAAUUGGAAUAUGGAGGGUUUAAUGCAUCCAUGUCCAGUAGCACUGAUGUCCUUAGAGAUUUAUUUUGCCAUGAAUUACUAGGCUUUUGAGGUAUUUUGCAUGGGAAUGAUAGAGGAUUGCAGGUGAGAGAGUGCUGGGCAUGAUAUUUGUUUCCCUUUUUAUUCCUUUGAGAAGUUUUACCUGGCGUCCAACAAAGUUCACUGUCAAUGUGAAAAGUUUAGCAUAGGUCAGACCAUGCUACCUAGUGAUUUAAUUCCGAGACUAUUCAUGCUAAUUUGAAUAUGCAUAACGCUGUACAGAAAAAGAGAUGUUCCCUGCUUAGAAAUUUACAACUGAAAAAGAAAAUAGGAAAAUAAGAUUAGAUGGGGUAGGUGAGGCCAAUCUGAUUAUAUGCUGAAUUCUGACACUAAUGCUUAUGUUAUGUGUGAAAGAUAUUUUACUUAAGAUGUUUUUGUACGUGCAUGGGAGUGAAAUACAUGACUUCGUUUGUGUUUAUAUGGAACAAAAUUGCUCAGAAAUAUUUCAGGCUUUUUUGCUUGUUUGUUUUUGUUUUGUUUUUCUCCCCUGCUCUCCUGGAGAGAGUAUCUUUGCAAUUUCUAAGGAAACAAAAACACUUCUCCAGAAAUAAAAAUUCUUGAGGUUUUAUCUGA